AUGCCACGCAUAUCUAGACUGGUAGCGAAUCUCGCACGUUCCCUUGGCUCUCGCCAACAAGCACUUAGAGAGUUCCGUUGGAUCAAGGAAUCCACCGGCAGCCAUUCGGACUCGAGCCAAGGUUUGUUGGCCGAUAGACUACUCAAACGCACUCGAGGAUGGCCCCUGCAAUACAUUCUGGGUACACAACCAUUUGGCUCGAUUGAAAUACUCACACGUCCUCCAACAUUGAUACCGCGCCCUGAGACUGAGUAUUGGACGCUGCGUCUUGCCCAAACCUUACGAAGCCACAAAUUUGAGGACCGUCCACUUCGAGUGCUCGACCUCUGUACCGGCACCGCAUGCAUUCCGCUUCUAUUGUGCGAUUCACUCCCACCCCGUACUAUCUCUGCUCUUGGAGUCGAUAAUAGCCUGUCGGCCGUCGAGUUGGCUAAUGAAAAUAUAUCCAAUUGUGGCUUCAAUAAAUCUGGUGGGAACACGGUGCAUGUGUGGCACUCAGAUAUCUUUGCACAAGAUUUUGUGCGUUCAUUGAAACAACAUGUCAAAGUUUGGGAGCCCUUUGACGUCUUAACUUCCAAUCCUCCCUAUAUCCCACGCCAGGAAUAUGACAAGCUUUCUCACACUGUACGGUUAUUCGAAGAUCCCUUGGCUUUGCUUGGUGAAGUGCCACCGUCUGCAGGUGGUUUGUGCUAUCGACUAGAGCAUGAUAAAUUAGGCUUGUCGUUCUACACACGCAUCAUAUCACUUAUUCAAAGUCAAAAUCUUGUUCGACCCGGUGGCCAUAUCGCGCUAGAAGUAGGAGAAGGACAGGCUCGAUUGGUAGAAGAAAUGAUUCUUCCGUUUGUAACGCAGAUCCGAGUAUGGACUGAUCCAUGGGGUAUUGAGCGGGUAGUGUAUGCGCGUAUGUGA